AUGAGCUCCGAUAAAGCCUUCGAGCCCACUUUGAGCGACGUCCUGGUCGUGCGCGCCAUGCUGGCUAAAACUACAAUCCUCCCAGAGCUUGUGGGCACAAUCUUGGACUACGCCGAAUAUUGGGCGCGAUCAACUGCCAAAGCGGUGCUGAACGAAGCUAUUGCCGCGCGUCGCGUUGGCCAGGGAGAAUUCGAUUACGAGGGAAACAAAUUUCUACUUCGAUCGUACCCAGUGGGCCUGACGGAGCGUGCUUAUAAAGACGAAGAAGACGGCAACCAUGACGGCGACGACAGCAGCUCUCGUGACGAGCGGUUCUCAACUAUAAUCCCCCGUCCUCUGCCCGUCUUCAAAGAAUUUGAUCGAGAUUUUUUCCAGCGAGCAAUAAAGAAUGCCUCUACUUUCAGCAACCCAGCGCGCAAGAUUGUCUUUCGCAUCAGCAGCCACGAUCAAGGCUGGACCACAGACGAGGUGCCGGGCCCGUUUAUUGCCGCCAAAACUUGGUUCGACGCCGGCAUCGAGAGAUUCGAUGCCAGCAAUUUCACAGAUGAAGCAGACAGCCAUGACAUGAAACAGUGGACUGCGCGCAAACUAGGAACCGUUGAGCCACAAGUCAAAGAAGCCAAAGACAGCCACGAAGGCUGGGACUAUCAAUUCCCCUUUACGCCCUGGAAAGGCCCGUACGAAAUCCAGCGCAAUGCCAUGGCAUCUUCGGAUUUUAUAGAUUUCAAAGUCACAUGGACAUGCUGGGACGUCAUCGCGCCAGACUCUCCAGAGGCGCAAGACCUACUGGAGCAGGGAAAAGGGAGGAGGGCCGGCAAUGGCCAGUUUGUGAGGAAUCUCAAGCUGGGAGACGUCGUUACUGUGUGGGGGAGGGCCAUGCAUCGCGGGUGGGUAAACACGGUUGAGUCUGUCGAGAUUGACAUUUACUGGGCGCUCUAG